CCGCCGCCCGGAAGCCGUCCCCGCUGCCUCCGCUCCCAGCCGGCUGCGGGCCGCGUGUGCUGGGCGCUGAGGCGGCGCGAUGGAGUACAUGGCGGGGCCGGCGGCCCCCAGCCAGGGCAACAUCCUGUGUUGCCAGUGCGGCGUGCCCAUCCCGCCCAACCCGGCCAACAUGUGCGUGGGCUGCCUGCGAGCGCGCGUGGACAUCACCGAGGGCAUCCCCAAGCAGCUCACCGUCAGCUUCUGCAAGCAGUGCGAAAGGUAUCUUCAGCCUCCAGGAACUUGGAUUCAGUGUGCCUUAGAAUCAAGAGAGCUUCUUGCACUGUGUCUUAAAAAAAUCAAAGCUUCACUUAACAAGGUCCGGCUGAUUGAUGCAGGCUUUAUUUGGACUGAACCACAUUCUAAGAGACUGAAGCUGAAACUGACUGUUCAGAAAGAGGUGAUAAAUGGAGCGGUUCUUCAACAAGUGUUUGUGGUGGAAUAUAUGGUUCAGCCUCAAAUGUGUGAAGACUGUCAUAGAAUUGAAGCUAAGGAUUUCUGGAAAGCUGUAGUUCAAGUGAGGCAAAAGACUCUGCACAAAAAGACUUUCUUCUAUUUGGAGCAGCUGAUUUUAAAACACAAGCUUCAUCAAAAUACACUUCGCAUCAAAGAAAUCCAUGAUGGCCUGGAUUUUUAUUAUUCUUCGAAGCAACAGGCCCAGAAGAUGGUAGACUUUCUUCAGUGUACAGUUCCAUCUAGGUCUAAGUCAUCCCAACGUUUGACCUCACAUGAUGUUCAUAGUAAUGUCUACAAUUACAAAAGCACUUUCUCUGUGGAAAUUGUUCCAGUAUGCAAGGAUAACGUUGUAUGUCUGUCACCAAAACUGGCACAGAGUCUUGGUAACAUGAGCCAGAUCUGCGUGUGCAUUAGGGUAACGAGUACUGUCCACCUCAUUGAUCCUAGCACUCUGCAGAUUGCUGAAAUUGAUGGAAAUACCUACUGGCGCCACCCUUUCAAUAGCUUGUUCCACCCAAAACAGCUAGAGGAAUUUAUUGUUAUGGAUAUCAAUAGAGUUCAAGAAAGGAAGAAAGGUGCAGGUGCAGGGGCAAGAUCAAACAAACACACGCUGGCUGAAGCCUGGGUACAGAAAACCUCGGAGUUGAAUACAGAUCAUCAGUAUUUCUGCUCUACGCACUUGGGACACAUUCUAAAUCCUGGAGACCUUGUCUUGGGAUUUGACUUGGCUAACUGUAACUUGAAUGAUGAGUUUGUGAAUAAGAUGAACCCACACAGUAUUCCUGACGUGGUAUUAAUAAAGAAGAGCUAUGACCGUACCAAACGCCAGCAUCGCAGAAACUGGAAACUGAAAGAGCUGGAAAGGGACAGAGAAGGCAUGGAUACAGAUGAUGAAAGACAAUACCAAGACUUCCUUGAAGAUCUUGAAGAAGAUGAAGCCAUAAGGAAAAACGUCAACAUUUACAGAAAUGCAGACAUUCCAGUGGAGAGCGACACGGAUGAUGAUGGCGCUCCACGGAUCAGUCUGGCUGAAAUGCUAGAGGAUCUCCAUAUUUCCCAGGAUGCCACUGGUGGGGAGGGAGCGAAUAUGAUGACAGAAUAAGAACAAUGCGUUAAUCAAUGCAAUUAAUACUCCCUUGGAGAGGAGGAAGUACCCCGUACAUAAGCAAACGUUAUGAACCGGGAUCACGUGGAAAUGAAAAGUAACAUGAUCUCUAUCAAUGUACCCCUAAAUCAUGCUGCUGAACGAACACUUACGUAUAAAUUCCCUUGAAGAUCAGCAAUUGCAGAUAAGUUCCUGCGCAAGCAUUGCAGCAUCAGCUCCACACGUUCUUGGCACCUCUUGAGCACUUUCUCCUGCAGCUUCUGCAGGUAAAGACCACUUGAUUAACUGCAGGUUUAUCCAUCAGUUGUCUGAAGUGGAAGAUGAUUAUUAAGGAAGAAUGUCCAGAGGGAGAGAUUUUAUUCUAGUUUGCUAGACUUUUAUCCUCUGUAAAUGGCUUCCUUUUCUUCACCUGAAAAGGAUUUUUUCGUGUCUUAAUCUUUUUGGUACAAUGGUUUGAAGCCUUUUAUGACGAUGCUAGAUUAUUCCAUAUAAUAUUUGGGGAAAGUUCAAGAAUGUAUCUUCGGAUCCUUUGAUAAGGAGGCUCCAAAUAUACAUGUUGUGUACACAAAAACACUUCCUUUUAAAUUGAUUGAAGAUGCAGCCCAUAAUCAGAAAAAAAUGAGUCUUCUGUUAAAUGGUAAUGAAUAUUUUAUUGUACUGUAUUCCAUGCCUGUAUCGGUGGAUUAAAAGCAGUUUUCUUUUUAAUUAGUAACACCCAUUAACAACUAUUAAAAGACUAUACGGACA